UUUACGAGGGCGCAUAAAUGCAACACUGGUCGCAACUGUACAUCCAUGGUUACCAUAGCAUAACAGUGCAGCUAGCUUUACUAAAGAGCGGGUCUCUUACUGUUGCGGUUAUAUUGACAACUAUUUUCCGCAGGAAAUGGACGAAUGACUCCAUCUAAGCUAGUAGUGCCUUCAGUUUAUUGAAUUUUAAACGGAGGACAGCGUUAGGAAGGCAGGUUAGCUUGGUAACGUUAACCUUAGCUAUCUAGCUAAUUGCUAACUGCUUGGUUGGUUGUCUUAAGUUAGAGACGCUCCUUCUGACUAACCUGAACUUAGGUUAUCCAUAACGAAUUCCCUAGUAUUGAACCAAACUUUUACAAUUUUAUUACUGGGGAAUCAAAACGAACCAACUAGUCUGCUAGGUAGCUUCCUACUUUGUGUUUGGAGAUGGACAAGUUUGUAGUGCGACUGCCUAAGGGGGAAUCACCAAAAAAGGUGAAGAGCAAUGAAAAGGUUUAUAAGCAAACGACAAUUGAAUCCUUACGGAGGGUGGUCGUGAUUGAGGACAUCAUGCGCUACAAGUCCAUGCUGGAGCUGCCAGAACAGAGCAGGGACAACCUGCUGACUGCCCUGACAGAGCUGAGCAAGAAGAUCCCAUCCAGGGAGGUGCUCAAGUCAACAAAAAUAGGUCACACUGUCAACAAAAUGCGGAAGCAUCUGGACCCUGAGGUGAGUUCAAUGGCUGCAAAGGUGUAUACUGACUGGAGGACAUUUAUAGAGGAGAAUUCCAAUAAGCCAUCUAUUGAAGUGCGCUCUGACAAACAAUCUGAAGGACUAAGGAGCAACGCUAGAAGACUAAUGGCUGAAGCCCUGGAAGUCAAGGAGGAUUCUGGUCUUAUAGACAACAUUGAGAGAGAAGUGUUUCACCAGAGCUCCCGGUUAGUCAGCAGCUCAUACAGACGGACUGUCAGAGCGCUGGUUUUCGCCUUCAAACACAAUCCUGAGAUCAGAACUCAAGUGAAGGACAGCACAACAUCAGUCAACCAGCUGGUUUCUAAGUACAAGAAAUAACUGUUGAUGAAUAACACAGCCUCAGACUGCAUAUCAAAAACUUCAGUUUGCUUUACUUGAAAACUGUCAAAGGUUUUGAUGCUUGCACAUUUUAUUUUUAUUUUAUUAUUAUUUUUUUUAUUUUCUUGUUUUUCUGUGAAGGAGAUAAAAAAAGCUUUUACAUUUUGUGGCACAUCAGUGGCCUUUUUAUGACUAUGAAUUGUUAAGAAUAUGCAAUUUAUUGCUGGUGAGGAUGAUAAUAAUACUAUUUUUUUGUACAGGAAUCAUGCUUUUUUUUUGUUGAUAGGUUUAUACUGUCAGUGAACAUUUUUAUACAAAACAUGAUUUUAAAAUGUGACAAUUUCAGCACUGGAGUCCUUUCUUUGUUGGAUAAAACCAUUUGUCUAUACAGAAUAUUACUAAAGAAGCACCAGCCAAACAAUAGCUAUCACCAUGAGAAUGACAGCCAGAACACAAAUGCUAAUGAAGACAAUAUCACUCAA